GCCGGGCCUGAGGGAGGCGGCGACGACGGACGGUGGUGGUGGGUUGUUGUGGUCCGGGAAGUCCGGCGGGGAGAUAGGCGUGUGGUAUUGGGGAGACGGCGGUCUCGUGUGUCGCCGGAGUGGGAGCGGCGUCGCUUUCUGACUGAGGGAACAUGACGGGAAGAGCUAGAGCCAGAGCGAGAGGAAGGCCUCCAAGUCAGGAGGCUGCCAUUCCUCCUGUGGGAGCUGCAUCUGCUCAAAAGACUUUGCCCAGUCGUCCACCUGGGCAGCAGCAAUCGCUGCUGCCGUGUCGUCCUCCAGCACUGGCAGAAGAACCUGGUGGCCGUGGGCGACAGAGAGGCCCUCAGGAUGCUCCAAAGACACUAGGAUUACAGAUUUCGGCAGGGUUUCAGGAGCUGUCCUUAGCGGAUAGGGGUGGACGUCGUCGGGAUUUCCAUGACCUCGGGGUAAAUACUCGGCAAGCCAUAGAACACGUUCGAGAAUCAAAAACUGGCUCUUCAGGUGCUGUGAUAAAAUUAAUUGCAAAUUUUUUUCGUCUCACAUCUCGACCCCAAUGGGCUUUGUAUCAGUACCAUAUAGACUACAAUCCUGAGAUGGAAGCACGCCGCCUUCGAUCAGCUUUGCUCUUUCAGCAUGAAGACCUAAUUGGGAAGACACAUGCAUUUGAUGGAUCAAUAUUAUUCUUGCCCAAAAGACUGUUGAAUAAGGUUACUGAAGUAUUUUCUAAGACCCGAAAUGGAGAAGAUGUGAGGAUCACAAUCACAUUGACUAAUGAGUUACCACCUACUUCACCUACGUGUCUGCAGUUUUACAACAUCAUUUUUAGAAGGCUUUUGAAGAUGAUGAAUUUGCAGCAAAUUGGACGUAACUAUUACAACCCUAAGGACCCAGUCAGCAUCCCUAAUCACAGGUUGAUGGUUUGGCCAGGCUUCACAAGUUCUAUUCUCCAGUAUGAGGAGAACAUUAUGUUAUGUGCAGAUGUGAGCCAUAAGAUUCUUCGCAGUGAAACAGUUUUGGAUUCUAUGUACAGCCUCUAUGAACAGGUUGAAGAGAGAAGAUUUAGAGAUGCCUGUGCAAAGGAGCUGAUAGGUGUAAUUGUUCUUACGAAGUACAAUAACAGAACAUACAGAGUUGAUGACAUCGACUGGGAUGCCAAUCCACAGUGUACUUUCAGACGAGCAGACGGCUCUGAAAUCAGCUAUAUAGACUACUACAGAAGGCAAUAUAAUCAAGAAAUCAGUGACUUGAACCAGCCUGUCUUGAUCAGUCAGUGUCGGAGGAAGAGAGGAAAUGUGAUGGUAGGACCUGUGGUUCUGAUCCCAGAGCUGUGCUAUCUAACAGGAUUAACUGAGAAGAUGAGGAAUGAUUUUAACAUGAUGAAAGACUUGUCUGUUCAUACACGACUUUCGCCUGAGCAAAGACAACGUGAAAUUGGAAAGCUUAUUGACUACAUGAAAAAAGAUGAAUGUGUUCAGAAGGAACUCCGGGACUGGGGUUUAAGCUUUGAUUCUAACUUACUAUCCUUUAAGGGAAGAGUUGUUCAAGCUGAAAAGAUCCUUCAAUCAGGAAACGUGUUUGAUUACAAUCCUCAGUUUGCUGAUUGGUCACGGGAAACCAGGGUGGCUCCCUUAAUCUGCGCCAAGCCUUUGGACAACUGGCUGCUGAUCUACACGCGGCGCAACUACGAUGCUGCCAAUACGUUACUGCAGAAUCUGUUCAAAGUCACACCAUCCAUGGGAAUCAGGAUGAACAAGGCAACCAUGAUUGAAGUGGAUGAUAGAACAGAAGCUUAUUUAAGGGUUUUGCAACAAAGUAUUACUCCAGACACGAACAUAGCAGUUUGUAUUUUGUCUAGUACCCGAAAGGAUAAGUAUGAUGCCAUCAAGAAAUACCUAUGUACGGAUUGUCCCGUUCCAAGUCAGUGUGUGAUUGCUCGUACUUUAAGCAAGCCUCAGACAACUCUGGCCAUAGUGACAAAAAUUGCCUUGCAAAUGAACUGUAAGAUGGGUGGAGAACUUUGGAGUGUUGAGAUCCCACUGAAACAAUUAAUGAUUGUGGGCAUUGAUUGUUACCAUGAUACUUUAGCUGGAAAGCAGUCGAUUGCUGGAUUUGUCGCUAGCCUGAAUGAAACAAUGACAAGGUGGUUUUCACGCUGUGUUGUUCAAAGCCGUGGGCAGGAACUUGUGGAUGGGCUCAAAGCCUGCUUGCAAACUGCUCUAAGAGAAUGGUUCAAGUGGAAUAAGUAUUUGCCCUCUCGCAUUAUUGUGUAUCGUGAUGGUGUAGGAGAUGGGCAGCUCAAUACUUUGGUGAAUUAUGAAGUGCCUCAGUUUCUGGAUUGCUUGAAGACCGUUGGUAAAGACUACAAUCCAAGACUGACUGUGAUUGUUGUGAAGAAACGAGUGAGUACCAGAUUCUUUGCACAGGUUGCUGGAGGACUUAAAAACCCACCCCCUGGUACUGUUGUUGAUAUAGAGGUGACCAGACCAGAAUGGUAUGAUUUCUUUAUUGUGAGUCAGGCAGUGAGAAAUGGCUGUGUUGCACCCACUCAUUAUAACGUAAUAUAUGACACAAGCAAGCUGAAACCAGAUCACGUGCAACGUUUAACCUACAAACUUUGCCACAUGUACUAUAACUGGUCGGGUGUUAUCAGAGUACCUGCUCCUUGCCAGUAUGCCCAUAAACUGGCUUUCCUUGUAGGACAGAGCAUUCACAGGGAACCAAAUAUGUUGCUUUCAGACAGACUUUACUAUCUCUGAAGUUACCAGUUUAACCAAAAAAGUUCCUUUCUUGGGAAGUUAGAAGUGUGUGGUUUGGGUUGGUUUGUUUGUUCCCAUGAGACAUGUGCAUGAGUAUGUGCAGCUGUGGGACUUUAUUUUCACUGUAGCAGGAAAAAGAUUAAAGAUAGCAGACCUGUGUUUUGAAUAAGACUUUAUUCAACUGCAUAGAGGAAAACAGUGUUAGAAACUGCUACAGGUUCAUAGGUGGAAUGAAUGCAGUUUGCUGGUUGAGAUUGUUCAUUAUUUUUCUCAUUUAACAAAUGUUCACUUAAUUUCCUGUGAGGAGCAUAGUAUCUACAUCAGCACUGAAUUGGGGAAAAAAAAAAAAAAGUUGUGCUAUUUACAAGGCUUUUUGGUUUUUCACUUCCAAAUAUUUGGAAGGGUUUAGGUGUCCGUUCAGAUUGUAAUUCUGAGGUUCUUGCUGGUAACUGUUGAGCAGGAAUGGCUUAAUUUGUAAGGCAAAACAUGGACUCCUUCAGCUGUUGUGUUACCAGCUAUCCUGUUAAACUCGCUCAGACAGAAGUGUUUGAUUAGUGCUGUUUUUUGAAACUGACUCACAAACUCUGUUACUUUUCUUUGCAAGAUUCAAAUAAAGUUGUAAUCCUGCUCCCUUGAUCAUGUUAGAUGUAUUUGUUCUGCAUAAGUAAAGACUGGCCCUAGCAUAUACUGUGCCAUGCUAGUGUAACUUCUGUAACCAGUUUUUGGCUUUGUACAGCUUCUGGAGUUUUGCAUUUAGGUUUAUUCUUUAAUGAUCUUGAGCAGCUUCCUACAGCUCUGAAAACAAGGAAGCUCUGCAGCCUGUAUUCAGUUAGGCUUUUGAAUAUCAAGCUCUUUCUGGCACUUGUACUUUGUAAUGGAGAGGUGUAUGUUUUUCUGGGGAAGUGUUGCACCUUACUGGUGCCAUGUAGUGCUACUGUAGUACGCAGUGUCCCUUAUUUCUUCAUGGCUAAGUGUUACUUCCUUGUGCCUGUCCAGGCUGUGCCUUCUCACGUGGUUUCUUUUGUUUGAGGUCAGUGAAUGUGGGCUUAGUGUGACUGCUGCUGUAGGCAGCUCAUGGCAGCUCGGAGGCUGCUGCUGCAUCCUGCUUCUCCUCCACGAGGGUGCAGUGUUUGAACGCACAGCUGCUGUAAGCAUAACUCAGUGCUGUGCGUGUCUUACCUGUGAUGUCUCAUUCUUCAGAGAGAUCAGAAGGUGGGUACAGAGGAGGUACAAAAAUGCUGCACUCUACAAAAUAUCAAAUUGUUUAUUUAUAUAAAAUAUAUUACACAACAGUUGUACACAUGCACACACCCACACAGUACUUUACCACAAAUUUAGGCCAUUUAUUUUCUUUAAUGUUACAAUCUAGCACACAGUAUCUUACAGUAAUUUACAGUAUUAUCUGAAGACACAAUGGGGAAGCUUUGAUCAUUCAUUUACAAACCUUCCAUAAGUUACAAAAAGAAAGGCAGUCUGAAAAGUAUGUAUAAACAGUAAAAACAAUUUACAAAUGGACAAGAAUUACAAAAUAGUAACAGCCAAUGACUGCCAUCAGUGUAAGAUUCUUUUUACUGAGAUGCCAAUAUUGCAGUUGUUAUUUUUAUCACCUGUUGCAGCCUUUUUACAGGCUACGGCUUGUGUAUGUAGCACAUCUUUGAUGUGAGACAAUAUUUUACCUUGAAUCUGACAUCAGCAACAUGAAAAAUGCCUUUUGAUUUAGGAUUGUGCCUCCACCAGCAAACUUGGGGAGCAAAAGUAUUAUUAUUAUUUUUGGUGGCGAUUUAGAACAGUGAGCCAGGGACCUCCAGAACUGGAGUUGGUAGAAUUUGUGUGCUUGAAACUGAGGGUGAGGCUCUGAAUAACUUAGAAUGCAUUGGAUUUCAGUUUAGUGACUAUCUUGACAAAAUAAAUCCACGGAAGAGUUUUGGUUUGGAAGAAGGAAAAAGAAAUAUGGAAAAAAAAAAAAAAAGUAUUUU